CCAUGGAGGCGAGGAAGACAAUGCGCGGCUGAGCGGAGGAGGCGGGAGAGGCAGGAGCGAGGCAGAGCGUGGCCGCAGCAGCUGCCCUGGAGCGCUCUCUCCCCAUCUCCGCCAGGGCUGCUCAGAGUUCUAGCCACUGAAUAUGCGGACAGAUCUACUUCCAAAGCUACAGGGACGAAACCCUACAGACUGUGAUUGCCGCUUCUGUGAGCUUGUCCUCCAGGAAGCUGUUGCAAUGUUGCAGUGACGUUUCCCAGGCCAAGAAAGUGAUUCUGUGACCUUUGCUCAUCCUGCAAGCCAUGCUGUUUUUUGAAGCAGUGUCGCUCAGCAAAAUUGGGACUAGCCGUUUUCUGGAGUUCCGGCUGGGGAUUGUGUGGAAUGAUGGCUGCUGCGGAACCCCUGACUGCCUUCUCACGGUGGUACCUCUAUGCCAUUCAUGGCUAUUUCUGUGAGGUGAUGUUUACGGCUGCCUGGGAGUUUGUGGUCAACUUUAACUGGAAGUUCCCAGGUGUCACCAGUGUCUGGGCGCUCUUCAUCUAUGGCACCUCCAUCCUCAUCGUGGAGAAGAUGUACCUGUAUCUGAAAGACAAGUGUAACAUUUUAGUGCGAUGCCUCAUUUACACCCUCUGGACAUACCUUUGGGAGUUCACCACUGGCUUCAUCCUGCGCCAGUUUAAUGCCUGCCCUUGGGACUAUUCACAGUUUGAUUUUGACUUCAUGGGCCUGAUCACCCUAGAGUAUGCCAUCCCAUGGUUCUGUGCUGCAUUCAUCAUGGAGCAGCUGGUUAUCAGGAACACCUUGCGCUUGCGAUUUGAUGAAAAUGCUGAGCCAGGGGACCCCAGCACCACAAUCGCCUUGGCCAAUGGCCAUGUCAAAACCAAUUGAACAAUAACCCAACGCC